ACCAAAAAUAUCUUCUUAACAAACUAACAAACUGUGUAAUUAAUCAACUAAUCAAAUGCUAAAUGGUUGAUUACACCAACAACAACAACAACAGCAGAAGAUGUAGCGGAAGAAGUAGCCGCAGACGUCGCAUCUGUGUCCGAUCCACGCAGAAGAUGUAAGCCCAGAUCCAAUCCAUAAGCCUAAAGUUUGAUGAAGAUGUAAAACUGAUUUCACUUUUUUUAUAGAAGGCCAAAGCUAAGGGAGUCUCAUUGUUCCUUCCGGUCAUUGUGGUUGCUGACAAUUUUUCUACCAAUCCCGACAGUUGCCAGCACUUUGAGUAAAUCUAGCCCAACACCAUUGGAUGAAGCUGGCAAUGAAGAUGAAUCCUUAGAAUUCAAUGAAAAAGAUGUUGGAGAACAUCGAUUAACUCAGGGGAUGGAUUCUGGCUCCAUGCAAGAGUUUGGAAUUGAAUACCUUGUAUGAUGAAACAAGUUGUGGCUACGUUAAGACACUGACUAAUUGUGCAUUAAUAUCCAUACCAGUCCAUGUAGAAACUUCCCCUAGAGUCCUUGAAGCAAAGAUGCAGGUACUUAAGAGAAGAGUGAUCACAUAUACAGAAGAGCAACAAACAAUGUACUUCUACAUAUGGUUAUUAUUGUCAACUAUAGAAACGAUGAAAAUGACAUGCAAUUCUAGAUCAUCUACAACUCCCACGAAAAGGAUUGAUGCAUUGAUGGGUAUGGAGGACUCGUUUGAAGUUGUAGCAACGGUGGCAAAUUCUUAUUUACCGGUAUCAUUUGGGCCGAAGUUGAGAUUUCGGAUGAAAAAGGCUAGUUUUUGAUGAGAUAGUAUAUAUUUAUUUUUGUCAAACGUAUUUAAGUAUGAGACUUUUUUGAUCAUUUCUAUUACACUUGAACAUAUAUAAUUACCUAUAUUUUUGGUAACUUUAUAAGGAAAGGAAAGAGUUACUCCGUCUUACUAUUUUUAUCCAUCUAGUAUGUGUUUCUAACUAUUCUUGUUGCAUACUAUAUAUAUUUCGUCAUAUUGACACUACAU